AUGCCUCGAAAGCUCAGGGCAGCCGCCCAAGCAGCGGCUAAAUCAAUGAAAAAUGUACCCACACUCCCCGAUCUCUCCGACGAUGAUAUGAUCGAUGCGCCCCCUUCCCAACCAUCGUCGCCUCCCAUUGAAGAACCCGACUCGCCGGGCAACGACCCCGAUGUCGAACCUGAGGUCGAUGAGCCGGACGCCGACGCGCAAAGCCCCGGCGAUGCUAAGCAGGAUGAUGACAAUGGCGCAACACCCGCAGUCGACGAUGCUUCUUUGAUUGAAGGUGCUGAUACCUCUAACUACACUGGAGGUCGCCAAUCCGCAAUUCCGCGCAAACGUCGCAUCGGCCGUCCGCCCAAGAACCGUCCACCAGACUGGGAUGCUCCCGAUGGGUCGCAAACCCCAAUUCGCGUCACCACCCCGGUCAAGAGACGCCGAGGCCGCCCAGCUGCAAGUGGUGGGCGUUGGGCGCGGAACCGUGGACCGUCACACAUGACUCAAGUACCUGUCGACAAGGAAGGCAAUAUGAUGGACGUGAUCAACGAUGAAGUAUCACUCCCGCCGAACCCCGAAGGUGACGCCAAAGUGGAUGAGAAUGGCCAUCUGCUCGGGGGUCGUGAGUACCGAGUCCGUACUUUUACCAUCCUCAAUCGCGAUGACCGGCUGUACAUGCUGUCCACAGAACCGGCCCGUUGCAUUGGUUUCCGUGAUUCGUAUUUGUUCUUCCAGAAGCAUAAAAUGCUUUACAAGAUCAUUAUCGAUGAUGAUGCAAAGCGGGAUUUGAUUGAACGAGAUCUCAUCCCCCACUCGUACAAGGGUCGUGCUAUUGGUGUGGUCACGGCGCGUUCCGUGUUCCGUGAAUUCGGUGCGAAGAUUGUGGUUGGUGGCAAGAAGGUUUACGAUGACUACGACGAGAAGGUUGCCCGUGAACGUGGUGAUGUGGAAGGAGAGCUGGCUGUUCCAGAAGACAAACUUCCUGCUCCUGGAGAGCCUUAUAACCGGAACCAAUACGUUGCUUGGCAUGGUGCCAGCAGCGUUUACCACACAAACGUACCAUCAGUCCCAAUGGCCGGCGGGAAGCCUGUUGAUCCCAAAAAGCGACGUGUUCCAGUCACAGAUGACAAUUGGAUGCUGGAACAUGCCCGUGCGGCAAGCUCCUUCAACUCCAAACUUGUUGAAACCCGUCGUGCCACCAUGGGCGGCACCUAUGACGUUCACACCAAUGUGAUGCAAUACCCGCAAAUAAUGCAGCCUACGCACGCCCGCUGGGAGCAAGUCCUUCCAGCUGACGCUCACAGUGCUGCUGAGCUAAUGACUGACAUGUCGACUCUCAGCCUCGCCAACAAGAGUAGCAGCACAGCCGACAUAAAGUCCACGGAACGCACCGAAAGGCCUGACGUUCCGUCCCCGGCUCUCUUUUCCCCAGUCCCAUCCCACAUCUCCAACCGCUAUGUUGUGCAAGACAUUGUCUACGAGUCACCACCGUACUCGAAUAUGGGUGUACCCGGCCCAGACGGUGACCUGCGCAACUUGAACCCGAACGGACUUGCCAGUAUCGCCAACCCCUCACAUCCGGAGUUCAUGACUCCCGACAUCAUCGCGCUCCUGCCGAACGAGUGUAAAGAAUCCCUUCUAGAUGCGGCCGCGCAAGAAGUCCAGUGGAAAUCGAAGUGGUCAACCGAAGCUAACGAUGGGGCCCGCUCGUUACCUCUCAAGAGCUAUGCGUGGUACCCGUGA